AUGGCGAGCAUAGUAUGCGAACAAACUUGGUCCUCCUAUCAAACUGGAACCCAGUCUAUAUGUUUCUUCGCUGGCUGCUCCUGUACCAGUACAAGUCUUGAAGGAAACGUCUCUACCACCGUUGCUGGUAUUUCCUCUCCAUCCGGCCUGCCUCUUCCGUCACCAUCGGGAUGUUGUCCUAUCUCCAAUUCUCUUGCUAAAAAUGGUAGCUCCAGUUCCGCAUGCCUUCCGUCCCCUAGUUUUUGUGCCCCUGCCACCACUUCGCCCUGCAUACUUUGUGCUGCGCGUGCUCGCCGCCUGACUGCUGGUGGCAUAAUAGGCAGGGCUGUUCUGGGCGGAAGUGGAUCUGAUCUGGCCGCUUCUACAGCUGCUGGUACCAGCCUUCCACCCUCAGGCUACCAAUCGCAUUCUCGCCAUUCCAGUCUGGAAUCUGCGGCUGCGGCUGCUGCACUUGUUUUAUCACCAAUGCCUGUCGAAUACCGGCCCACAUUAGCCUCUACACAGACUGCCUUGUCCAGUGUCAUUGAUGCUACCAACGACGGCGUGCUGGCCGUAGAUGGUGACUCAUUAAAUACAUCACUUAAUUGUUCAGCCACGCCUGCGAGGACAACUGAAGACUCCUUUUUUAGUAUUCACGAAGCAAUUGCAGGCAACUAUAGUGAUCCUGUUGCUGGCGACGGUAUAGGAGAUACCAUAGGUGAAUUGGAUGAUUGUGGAGCUGGGGCUAACGAUACUUACGGAUCAUCUGCAGGUAGCUUUGCUCCUGGGCUCUCAUCCGUUCUGGAGUUUGCCAGUCAGGGGUCACGACCAACUGCUGUUUUUGAAGAGUUUGGAUCACCAGAACUGUCACUUACCUUUUCGCCUGUGGCUAAAGACGCGCUAUUGCCCUACGACCGACCAUUUUAUCAAUAUGGACCUUCUGAAUUAACAAACAUACAACCUGCUGCAGGCUGG